AUGCGUUCGUUGAGUUAUCAGUCCCUGCAAGACUUUACUGGCCUUCAAGCCGUUCGGGAAGCGGUGGCAAGCGGCGAUCCGGGCAUCCUCGUCCUUGACCUUCCUCUCUUGCAAGGCGAUGCAUCACUCAAGACCUUGCCGCACGGGCUGGUGCUACAAAAGCAUGGCGCCCCGAGCUCUGCGUCCGUCACUGUGAUGGAGAAACUACACAAGUUCUCUCAUGUUAUCUUCAAAAACCUCAGUCAUGCCGUCGAGCUACCGUGGGAGAAGUAUCUUGGCGAAAUGCACGAGUUCACUGCCCCAGGUAAUGAUGAGUUACGAACCGUGUCACUUGAUGAGCCACUAGCAAAUGAAUGGUCUACCUUGACCAUUGUUUUAAAUGCAUCACAUCCCCAGCAGGCUCUUGUUCUUUUCGGUGCGGCAUUGGCUACCUUCACCGAAGGAAUGACAUCGAAGUCUCCCGGGCCUGCGAUCGACGUUGGCGAGCUUGCUGGGCUGAUUGGCAAACCAGAGGGAGACUGGAUUGUGUAUUAUGUGAGGCCGAACGAGGACGUCUUUUAUACCAGAACAGCUGGUGCACUCAUGACACCGUUAAGCACAAUUGAGUAUCAGCAGAGGAAACGAAUCAAGGACACCAAGAUUGUAUGA